AUGGCAUCAAUCGGCCCCGCCCGCUGCGCAAACCUCACCGGCCUCCCAGAACUCACCUACCCCAACACCUGCGGCGUCCCGAUCUACCAGCGCUGGAACGCCACACAAGACCCCUCCACGACCUUGGGAGACUGCUGCCAGGAGGUAAACGGGACGAUAGGCUACUUUGGGCAGGAGAGCUGUGCCGCAUAUUGCAAUGCUACGGAGAGUACCAAGGCGCAAUUACAUGAUUGCCUGGCGCAGUCGCGGGAGAUUAAUCAGUUUGGGUGCUCUGGGGCGGCGGCGACGAGGGGGAGUUUGUGGAAUGCGGUGGUGCUGGUGGGGUUGACUUGGUUGGUUUUUAUAUGUUGA